CUAAAAGCGCCUCACUUCCCCUUUCCUUCCAGAAUAACAUAGCAUAGGGAAGCAUGCUAAUGUUAAAAGAGUCCUAACCGAUUUUAAUUCAAUUCAAUACUGAAUUCAAAACUUUACCGAAGCUCUUUCCCAAACUUUAAUUGGAGCAACGCUUAAGAAACAAACGUCACACCUCCCUCAAAAAGAAGAAAUAUUUCAAGCAUGCCGUUUAUAAUUCUGGUGUUUUUACUUGAGUUAGUUUCACUGUCUUAUGCACAUUUGAAUAUUUCCAAUCUAAAUUGCUUCAAUGACUAUGAAUGCACAAUGGUUUGCGAGUUCACCUCUGAAAUGCUUCUCAACUGUAGUGCCUACAGCGUAGACUUUGUGUCAGAAGAUCAGGAGCAUUUCAUGUGUGCAUUCGUGAACAGCAGCAGAGACUCUUUGUACAGAUGUGGAUGUACAGUUGAAAUGCCUUUGAUGGUAAACGAACAAAAAUACACCAGAAACCUUCUGGAAGGACGGAGGGUCAUAAAUACAACGACUAUCACCGCGCUUGACAACAUCAAGCCUAGAGCUCCUGAGAUACUGUCUGUGGCACGAACGGAGAAUGGGAAUUACAACAUCCUGUGCGACCUGCGCUACAAUGAGAGCAGCUUCCUGUAUGCCAGGCUGGAGAUUCAGCUGAGCUACAGAAAGAAAGGAGAAGCAGACGCGGCUUGGAGGACCAUCAAUGCCACAUUGCCAUCCCAGGAAAUACCAGGCGGUGAUUUAGAGCCCAACAGCAAAUACAUUGUGAAGGCUAGAUCACACUCCCCCGAUUACAACACCCAGUUCAGUGACUGGAGCCGGGAGUUGGAGUGGACUGUCCCUGCCUCAGUGCAGAGUGUGUGGAAGACCAUCAUCCCUGUGCUUUCUGUGCUCCUCGUCAUAAUCAUCUGUGCUUCCUAUCAGUGCUGGACUCGACUCAAGACCCAGUGGUGGGACAGAAUUCCUUCCCCCGAGAACGACAUAAAGUACAUGCUUCCGGGGAAUCCCAAGGUUUUUGCCCCAAAGCUUUAUGACCCUUGGUCCAUCCAGCCUGAUGCACUGACCGUUGCCAACGCGGAGGAAAAGUCACGUGAUCCUCCAGAGAGUUCGGAAUGUGACCAAGAUGAUCUGUAUAAAAACGUCGGCAUCCUCCAGCCGGCGGCAGACAGCGCGAACAGUCGGGCGGGGCCGGGAGGCUCUGCGGACUCCCGCGGUUCCUCUCAGCACGGUUACAGGAACGUCCUGUGCCUCAGGUCACCUGGCACGCCCCCCCCGGAGCCCGCGGGCUGCGAGACCCCCAGCCCCGCCGCCCUGCCCGGGCCAGACGCCGACCCCUGCCUGGUCUGCAGCGACCCCGGUCUGCUGGUGACCCCCGAUCUGCUCACGCACUUGCAGAGAAAACUGCACGCCCCUGAUUCGCUCACAGAAGCUCCCAGCGUGUCCACAGACUUUGAGUACCGGUCGUGUAACGGCGGCAAUACCAACGCUCCUCCAGCAGAGGGCGCCGAUCUGUCCUCCUCCUUCAAAGGAGAUACCUUAGAGACUUUGCUGCAGAACACCUGUGCGCUCACCUGCGUGCUUCCCUGCCGAGCAGAUGAUGGAUACGAGUCCUUUGGUGAAGCUGUUGCCAGAAGUUCUCAGGUCCAGGCUAAUUUCCCAGCAUGCACUCUGGGCCCCUGUGAAGAAGGCUAUCAGAUGCUCCGGACCGUGGAUGAACACAUAGAACACCAGUUUUUAGCACCAGGCAAAACAGAUUUGGAGGCAUCGUCAGUGGAAGGUCCGGAAAGCUGCACCGGACAAGAUCAGAACCUCCCGCAGAUUCCCAAAGGGGGAAUUCCACAUUCCGUCAUUCCCUGCCAUUUCCUGUCCCAAUGUACGCCAAAAAGUAGCAUGGAAAGUUCCCCUCAUUCUGCUUUGAAUACUCCUCCUGUUAUUCAAACUAUCAUUGAAAGCUCCUACCAGAGAGUAUAACACUGCAGUUUUCUGCUCAUGUUUAACUGUUCUCUGUAAGCUGGUUACUGAUUAACUCAUAGAGGUGACUCAAAUCAGCUCUGGAGCUUCAAGAUUAGGCUCAAAAAUGGAAGGGGACUCUAGUUUGAUUUAGAUUUUAUACAAACCUAGAGUCGGGAAACAGUUGAAAAACACUCAUCCAAACCCAGAGCAAAGCAAAAGUGCUGCGCCAUCUUUACGUGUAUACUUUUCAUCAUCUUUUUAGGGCGUUAAGGUUUGCAGGGUGGUAGAGAAUAUGUUUUCAUUGUAACACUUUUCACUGACGAGCUAGACUUUUUGUUAUGGUCUGAACCUCUCUAUGCUAUGACCCACACCCACACAAAAAAAGUUAGUCCACUCCUGCGAUGUGAGAAUUAUACAGUAUCUAAGAUUAGGCCUUUCCUCUCUGUGGUUCAUACUGAGAAGGUCAGACAGCGUUUAAUUCUCAGCGUGAUUGCAAUUCUCUGAACUCAUUCCUGAGCCAAACUGCCUUACCCCAUCUGCAGCGAGCUCAAAAUUCACCAGCUAGGGUUCUUACCAAAAUAACCACACUGCCUUACAGUUUCUUUUAGAGUUUAUUUCAAAAGUUUGCACAGCACUUUUAAGGCAGUGCUUCCUCUGGCCGCACAUUGUCGAACCCCUAAAAGCACACACCCCUCCACACACUCCCUUACAGCCUCAAAUAAAGACCCGUCACUGUCUCAGCCACUGAUUUUUUUAAAAAGAGGAGACAUGGCAUUUGUAGCCAGGGCUCUGAGAUUUUCCAUGUUUUAUCCAGGCCUCUGAGUUCGAUGUACUUGAAAUUUGCUUUCAACAAUGAUGAAACUAUGUCAGCUGGAUUUCUGUUUUAUUCAAUGUUUAUUGUCUAUAUUCGGUUUUCUUCUUAAUCUUCUUAAUAAUUUUUUUGUGUGUAAACCGCUCUGUGUGGUAUGUAACAGCUCUGCGGGUGAGGGUUAUUGUUUUAUGAUAAAAAAGCGAAACAGCAGUGACCUGCGGAUUUUUGCUUGUUCCACAGUCUCGUAUUUUUCUGCAAACUCAAAUGUCAGACUGGCCCACAAUUUACGAAAUGGGAGGUCACUCACACAGCCUAGAAGUCACACCAAAAGGUACCAGAUGUCCUUCCUCCCAAGAGCAUACAAGCUCCACAAGCAGUAACACAAACUCUCAUUGUUUACUUCAACUUAGAGUGCAUGAUUUCCUGAAAAAACUUAAAGUACAAUAAAGGGUGGGGGUGGGGGGGAAUCUAUCAUGUAGCUCUACUGCGUGCUGUUAAUUUAUUUUAUUGUGUUAUUUUCAGUUAUUAUGCCAGAGCGGUCCUCAACAACUUGUAAAAAGCAUCUUAAUUCAUAUUUGUAUGCAAUGAUGUUUUCAAAUAAAUCUGAAUCUGAAUGAGGUAAAA